AUGAACAGCGACGACGUCGACGAGCCGGAGACGUUCGUCGUCCCACCCGACGCGUUCGUCGACGCGACGACCGGGGAGUCGAUGACGCCCGAGCGGAAAGCCGGCGUCGCGCUCGGAAACCUCUUCACGAUGGCCGCGACGCGCGUCAUCCUCGAUCAGUUCACGGGCACGAGGCACCGCUCGCCGGUGUACUACAAGAUGGUCGACUUCCUGAACGAGAACCCGCUGCGGAACGGGAACGAGUGGCUCGCGAAGCUCAUGCGAGAGCCGGACAACGACCUGCGAAUCACCGCGAUGCGAAUCAUCGAGACGCGACGCGUCUUCGCGGACACGGAGUUUAACUGGGACGUCGUCGAGUCGGUGACGAAGGAAGAGAUCGCGGGGGACACGCUGGAGAUGACGAAGAGUUUCCUCACGGAGAGUCUGACCGCGGAGUAG